AUGACGAAUGUUGUGGAAUGUACCUUCAAAACCCCGCCCGAAACUGCAAAAGCCCCAGACAAUGCCGUCAUUUGGAACGCAUUUCAAUACUGUGAUGAAAAAGGAUGGUAUUCACUAUCGAACCAUGAUGAGAUAAUGCUCAGACCUACUACCUUCAGUGACGGAAGAAUUAAAUUUCUACCUCAACUAGAAAAAAUCCCAGACGAAUUUGAAUCCGUUUUAUGUGGAAAGUAUGAUGCUAAAGCUUGGGGAAAGGAUGAUUGUAACAUAGUUAUUGAAGGUGAUAAGGACGUGCAUAUAAACCUCCCAGGGCUGCAAGAAAAAAUUAAUUACAACCACAGAGAGAGAUUCCCUACAUUCUUAAAAAAUUGGAAAAUUAUUGUGGGUAUGCUAAAUGAACACAUAACCGUAAUACGGAUAAACACAGAAACUGCAAUAAUUGUAAGCAUAAAUGAAAAGAGCAAUGUAACUGUUAAGUGUGUAGAUUUUAAUAACGGUUUUUUAUGCGUUAAUCCGCACACAAACUUGGCAAUUGCAUAUGGCGGUUUCGCCUUGAGUGAACUUAAAAAAUGUGAACUGGUUCCAAGUAUCACACACGAAGGGGCAGAAUGGGGAUUUUUUGUCCACCUAUUUAAAUGGGGACACAUUAUUAUACCAAAAGAUAUAGAGAUUAAAUUACCAUCCCCAGGAUUAAAGCUAAUUGGGAAAAAAAUAGACACAGUGGCGAUCAUUUCCCUUCCGCCAAACAUAUAUAUACACGUAAAAAUUGAUGGACCAAAAUGUAUAAGAAAAUUAGAGUACGGACAGGACUACAGUAUAACGGCAAUUAAGAGUAGCGAAUCGGACAUUGACAUUUAUCUGCUCUUCGAUGGGCAAUUAAUAAAAUACGAAUUUUCCUUUGAUACGAGACUAAACAAGGUGGGGAAAGGAAGAUCCGUUAAUUGUGCCAAAUUGAAGUGUACAAAUAAGAGCAAGGAAGUGACUUCUUUCGUUUUCCAAGCAACGGCAAAUUCUAAAUUGUUGUUAGAUUCCAAUUGUCCAACGGAUAAUAUGGGCCACCUCCUGUGCAACCAAACCAUUUCCGUCUUCGACGCGGAAACUGGCGAGUACCUGAGCCACCCCCAGGGCCUGCAGCUAACCGAGGUGUUCAACACCUUGUCGUAUCCGCCCGAGAAG